CGCCCCCUCUGGCGUCACCGCAGCUGCUAGCUCGUCGGUUAGCGUGCUAACAGCGUUCGGCAGUGAUGAGACAGAGACAGGAUGAGACAGCAAACCUGCGAAUGAAGCCAUUUCAGCAUCCUCACGCAGGCCAGAGAGCUAAACGCGGCGGAGAACAGAUUUAAACCCGGAUUUAGGUCCCUAUUCAGUCACACCAGGAGUUCGGAAGAGCGUCUGCAGCGCUGAGGUGAUGUCCGUCUGUUUAUGUUCAUUUAUCAGCCGUCACUGACUCGAACGCGCUCUUCUGUCUGGACACACGCUGUUAGUGGACUGAGUCAGUGUUUAAUGUGCUAACCAGGAGCUAGCUGACGUUAGCCUGCAUUAUUUAGUAUAAACAAUCUGUUGGAGCAGCUGUCAAACUCUUGUUUGCUCUGUAAAUGGGGACUAUAAGCGGUUUCCUAACGACGUCACUGCACGGACUGUAGUGUCUCCAUCAGGUACAGUACACAGUCUACCGUGUUUACAUCCCAACAGAUGCAUCACUCGGACUCCAGCGGAGAGUCACCGGUCAGCAGGAGGAUGUCCCACCCAUCAGUGACCGGUCGCAGGGGCAGCGGUGUUACCGUCUCAUCUGAUGACCACCAGACGUCCCCGGACCCCAUCACCCCCCCCACAGCCUCAGCCUCCUGACCCCCGGGUCACAGGUCAAGAAGAAGAGCGGCUUCCAGAUCACCAGCGUCCUGCCCGCGCAGGUGUCCUCCGCCAGCGCCAACACCAGCCUCGCCGACGACACGGAGAGCUACGACGACAUGGACGAGUCUCACACCGAGGACCUGUCCUCGUCCGACAUCCUGGACGUGUCUGUGUCCCGAGCCACGGACACCGGCGUCCCCGAGAGGAGCUCGUCAGAGGAGACACUGAACAGUGUGCACGGGGGCGAGACGCCCGGAGUCACGUCGCCCAACGAGCCGCUGAUGCAGCAGGGGUACAUGGUCAAUGGUGUCCACCAUCAUCAUCAUCAGAAGACUGGACGACCCGCGGCUCCUGCGGCAGUCCCUGUUGUCCAGCCGGCUCCGGGCUCCAGCGGGCGCUCCGGCGUGGAUGCUGCUCCGUUACCGGACGCCUCCAGUGCUUCUGUCCCUCCGACCGCGAGCGCAGUGACCACCGCCUCUCGCUUCAGGGUGGUGAAGCUCGAUUCCAACUCGGAGCCGUUUCGGAAGGGUCGCUGGGUGUGUACGGAGUAUUAUGAAAAAGACGGCCCGGCGGGAGACGCAGCGGUCGCUCACAGAGCGGUGGAGAGCAUCAUUCAGUCUGAACACGAGACCACGAGCGGCAGCUCCUCUGGAAGCACUUUGAGCGGCGGAGGAGACGGUCAGCAGGCUCACGCUCCAGACCCAGGCGCCGGACAGACCGCUCUGUUGGGUGUCGAGAGUUCAUCUGCCUCGGUUCGACCCUACAGUGUAGAGACCCAGAGCAGCACCAAACCUCCGGUGUCCGUCAGCCAGAGCGCUCUUCCUCCAGUGGAGUACAGCCCGAGGCCCGCAGCUCAACCUCUUCAGAUUCCUCCGGUGUCACCCAGAGCUGUGCCAGUGUCCGUGGGGAUACCAGGGCUUCCUCCGGUGCCCGUGUCUCCGAGGCCACAGAUGAGCAUCAACCCUGACCAAACUGGAGCCCAGCUGUCCUCAUCUGCCGCUCCGAGCAACCUGCAGCCGCUGCACGGGGCCGCUGUACAAGCGCUGAGAGCCCCGCUCCCGCCGGCGGGCCCCGGGUAUGUGACGGCCUCGCAGCUGGAAGAUGCCCAGAGACUCCUGCUGCAGCACCACACACUGCUCUCACUGCCCCGGCUGACCGCAGGAGGCAUCGCCGGCCUCACCGGACCCCCUGCGUCUGAUGCUGCUGUCUCUGCUGAUGAGGACAGUUCCUCAGGAGCCAGUGUUGUGGCCAUAGACAACAAGAUCGAGCAAGCCAUGGACCUGGUGAAGAGUCACCUGAUGUACGCGGUGCGUGAGGAGGUGGAGGUGCUGAAGGAGCAGAUCAAGGAGCUGAUGGAGAGGAACUCUCAGCUGGAGCAGGAGAACACGCUGCUGAAGAACCUGUCCAGUCCCGAGCAGCUGGCACAGUUCCAGGCGCAGGUCCAGACCGGAUCGCCCCCCGCAGGAGCCCCACCGGCCCUCCCGCCCAACCCGGGCCCCGGACCCACCGCCUGACUACCUCUCUGUGAACGGACUCCACAAUCAUCACGGCCGCUGUCGCUCAUCACAGACGCUGCUUAUCAAACGUCACCCGCCUCAGACAAUCAGUGCUGACCUCCCGAGCGUCCCGUGUGCAUGCGGGUCAGUGCGAGCCGAGCGGGGCGUCAAUCAUUGCCACAUCCACCUUGUGUUCUUACGGUGUUUCCAGUCGCUCUGCUGGGUUUGUUACUGGUUUUAUCAGUUUGGCUUUUAGUUUUUUUCCUCUAGCUGUAUUGAAUACAUAUUGAGCACUUUGUAGUGGACACGUGUGAAUAAGACCAAACGAGCACCGCUGUGUGGACGAGCGUGACCUUUGACCCGUGAACCCUUGACCUCUGUGCCGUGUGUAAAAAUAACGGUGGACUGUGAAUCAGGUUUCAGGCUCACGGUGAGGAUGGACUUCCUGUGAGCUCACGAAUGAGUUCUGCUCUGAUUAAGUUAUUUGCCUUGGCUCUGGUCACCCGUCAGUCUGUCAGUGAUCGUGACCUUUGACCUCACAGUAUGUGCAUGUUUACUUUACAAUGUGACGUCAUGCAGUUGCACAUCGACUUUAAUAAAUGACAAGGAGAUCAAA